AUGAUGCGAAACAGACUGAAUACUGAUGCUGAAUAUCUGCAUUGCAGCUUAUGGCCGACGUCAGAGAUGUAUUUUCAUUGGACAGUUGGACAGUUUACGUAUAUUCAAUUACAAACCAUUGCCUGUUUGGGGGGAAUCGAUGAAUGCUGCCAUUAACAACACCUUUCUAGUCUUAAUCACCCAUCAUCUAUUUGCACGCAAGGUGUCUCUUUAAUUUCUGUCGCGUUUAGUCUUAUUAAAACAUCGAUAGAACUAAAUUUGAGGAUUGUUGAGGACAAAACAGGAACUUGCGUCGCACCUCCCACACGAAGAGAUUUUGGCUUAAAACCUUGUUUAAGGCACUCCAGCUUUCCAUUCAGCGAUAUUUAAGUUCAUGUCGUAGGGCACUUUAUGUUGAAGAUAAGCAUGACGAUAAUUCAAUUUCCGUUGCUUAUGUGUGUAUGUUCAGCCAUUGUAUCUGGAUUUGUUAAUGAUGACAUCAAACAUCUACAGCAUUUUGGCUCCAGUUACAACGUAAACAGAGAUUUACUUCGAACCGUGAUUAUGUCAGUGCAAGGAAUAUUACAUUUUUUUUCGGAAGAAAUCGAAAACGUGAAUCUAGAUGCGAUAAUCGGUACCAGAAUUGCAGAUGAUCAAAUGCAGCUACUGUUAGGAAAAUACACAGGCUCUGUGGUUGCUUUGGUGGAACCAGAUAUUUUCAGUGAUAUACAUGUCCUUCAACAGGCAGCGGAAUAUAUAAGUAACACUGCAAUACCCUUUGUACAAAAACAAUCGCCGCGUUAUUUCCAUAGAAUCGGGGCAAAUCUCAGGAAUGGUUUCUGGGGGAUCGAGUCAGAAAGUAAAGACAUCGAUAUGACCAGGGCAGUAACACCUGCAAUGUCCGGAGAAGCUAUGCACGAAAAAGACUCCGAUGACUGCCUGACAGAGUUAUUUGGUACAACAGGUUUAUCUCAAAACCCCUGUGAAAUAUCGGAUACUUGUUGGAGACGAAUGACGUCACCGGGUUACCGUGGUUACUCUCUCUCGCACCAAAUUUUCUAUCUGGAAAUUGGAGUUCAGGCAGGUUGCCGACCAGCGAUGGACGUGAAAACAAGAAGACACUAUCAACCGAGUUUAGAGACAUUAGCAGAAGGUUUCUGCGCAGCCAUGCUUAGAGAAGCGGAGACCAUAGCGCGAGCUGGAUUCCCUUUGAGGAGACGUGAUCUUUUCAUGGAAGAAGCUACUCUGUGUGGAAUGCUAGGUUAUCGACAGUUUUUCCGGUAUCAUUGGCUUGAAAAUAUCCUGAGCUGGCAGCGACGAAGUGGUUGCUUUGGGGACGAUGCCAUUGACAGUAAAUUCAUCGCACCGAAAGGGAAAUCCAUGGAUGAAGAGUUUAAAAGAACGGUAUCCAAGAGAGAAGAGCGCGUUUUGAGUGAUCGAUGUCUCGCGCACAAGACCACAGUCGCACUUGGUGCGCUGACGCAGUACAUGCGAUACUUGCUACUAGCCAUGGAAAAACAACUGCAGACUAUUUAGAAAAAAAGUCCGAAGCACUUAAGAAUAUAACAUGUAUGACAUGGAUGGGAGUUUAUUGAUUAAAUUGUUAAAUUGAACUCUUCUGACUUCACAGAACACUUUUGCGCGUUUACAAAACAGCUCUCCAUUAUGAAAAGGCGUAUCGACAAUAACAAAAAUAGAA